AUGGCUCCUCAGAAGCACGGUGGAGGAGCGGGGCCCAGUUCGGGCUCCGCUGGCGGCGCCGCCGGAGGAGGAGGUGGCGGCGGAGGAGGCGGCGGGUUCGGGGGCUCCGCCGCGGCGGCGGCUCCCGGAGGCAAAUCCGGCGGUGCCGCGGGCGGCGGCGGCGGCGGAGGAGGCGGCGGGUACUCGGGCGGCUCCUCGGCCUCCUCGGCAGCGGCGGCGUCGGCAGCGGCGCUGCCCCCCGUGAAGAAGCCGAAGAUGGAGCAGAUCCAGGCCGACCACGACCUCUUUCUUCAGGCCUUUGAGAAACCAACACAGAUAUACAGAUUUCUACGUACCCGGAAUCUAAUAGCACCAAUAUUUUUGCACAGAACUCUCACUUACAUGUCCCACAGAAACUCCCGAACAAAUAUCAAAAGGAAAACAUUCAAAGUAGAUGACAUGUUAUCGAAAGUAGAGAAAAUGAAGGGAGAGCAAGAAUCUCACAGCUUGUCUGCUCAUUUGCAACUUACAUUUACUGGGUUCUUCCAUAAAAAUGAUAAGCCAUCACAAAACUCAGAGAAUGAACAAAAUUCUGUAACUCUGGAAGUACUGCUGGUCAAAGUUUGCCACAAGAAACGAAAGGAUGUCAGUUGUCCGAUAAGACAGGUUCCUACAGGUAAAAAGCAGGUGCCUUUAAACCCAGACCUCAGCCAAAUAAAACCAGGCAACUUCCCAUCACUUGCAGUUUCCAGCAAUGAGUUUGAGCCAAGCAACAGCCAUAUGGUGAAGUCUUACUCAUUGUUAUUCAGAGUCACUCGCCCAGGAAGGAGAGAAUUUAAUGGACUGAUCAAUGGCGAAACUAAUGAAAACAUUGAUGUCAAUGAGGAGCUUCCAGCUAGAAGAAAAAGAAACUCUUCAAAUCGUGAAGAUGGGGAAAAGACAUUUGUAGCACAAAUGACUGUAUUUGAUAAAAACAGACGCUUGCAGCUGCUGGAUGGGGAGUAUGAAGUGGCCAUGCAGGAAAUGGAAGAGUGUCCCAUUAGCAAGAAAAGAGCAACAUGGGAAACGAUUCUGGAUGGGAAGAGGUUGCCUCCAUUUGAAACAUUUUCUCAGGGACCUACGCUUCAGUUUACUCUUCGUUGGACAGGAGACACAAAUGAUAAAUCUACAGCUCCUAUAGCUAAGCCUCUUGCAACACGGAAUUCUGAAAGCCUCCCUCAAGAAAACAAGCCCAAUUCUGUUAAACCUACUCAGACUAUAGCUGUGAAAGAAUCUUUGCCUACAGACCUUCAAACAAGAAAAGAGAGAGAUGUGUUAAAUGAACCCCGACAGAAGUUGCGAAUAUUUUACCAGUUCCUUUACAACAAUAACACGAGGCAGCAGACCGAGGCCCGCGACGACUUGCACUGCCCCUGGUGCACACUGAACUGUCGGAAACUCUAUAGUUUACUCAAACAUCUGAAACUCUGCCACAGCAGAUUCAUCUUUAAUUAUGUUUAUCAUCCAAAAGGUGCUCGGAUAGACGUGUCCAUCAACGAGUGCUACGAUGGCUCCUACGCAGGGAACCCCCAGGACAUCCAUCGCCAGCCCGGCUUCGCCUUCAGCCGCAACGGGCCCGUCAAAAGGACUCCAAUCACACACAUCCUGGUCUGCAGGCCAAAGCGCACGAAAGCGAGCAUGUCCGAGUUCCUGGAGUCCGAGGACGGAGAGGUGGAGCAGCAGCGGACGUACAGCAGCGGGCACAACCGGCUCUACUUCCACAGCGACACCUGCCUGCCCCUCCGCCCCCAGGAGAUGGAGGUGGACAGCGAGGAUGAGAAGGACCCGGAGUGGCUUCGGGAGAAAACCAUUACUCAAAUUGAAGAAUUUUCUGAUGUUAACGAAGGAGAGAAAGAAGUGAUGAAAUUAUGGAAUCUUCAUGUUAUGAAGCACGGGUUUAUUGCUGACAAUCAAAUGAAUCAUGCCUGUAUGCUGUUUGUUGAAAAUUAUGGACAAAAAAUCAUUAAGAAGAACUUGUGUCGAAACUUUAUGCUCCACCUGGUCAGCAUGCAUGACUUUAACCUCAUCAGCAUCAUGUCCAUAGACAAAGCUGUGGCCAGGCUCCGAGAAAUGCAGCAGAAGCUGGAGAAAGGAGAAUCGGCCUCCCCGACGGACGAGGAAUCUUCUGAGGAGCAAAGUGGGACAGCAAAUGGAUACAGUGAAAAUGCCAUGAGAGAGAGGAUUUCAGACGUGGAAAGCAUCUCAGGUGUCACGAAACAGAGCAAGAAGCAGAAGCUCUGAAGUCAAAAGUCAACUGUCAUUCAACGGACAAGCAUUGAAGUGACAUUCUAGGGUGCAUGAGCUCUAUAAAGAAUUACACACAGAUACAGAGAUUCCAAACAGGCACUGCUGGAUGGAAAUAAAUGAUUUCAACAAGGAUAUUGUUUAAACAGGGUUUUUAUUCAGUUACUUAUGCAAGUACUACAUGUAUAUUGGUUUUGGUGAUGUAAUGACAAUAUUCUAAGAGUUUGAGCAUGAAGAGCAAUAUAAAAAUCUUUUUGUAAUUUUAGUAAUUAGCGUCUUAAGAACUUUAUGGAAUUUACAUAAUUUAAGUAUAUGUAAAACCGUUUUUAUAUUAAGAUUUUUGCAUCUGUAUCUGGCUGUUUUUCCUACCAUGUUGUGAAACAUUAGGGAAAGGGAAUUGGGAUGCAGUUUCUGCUUUUCUUAUUUAGAAAUUCUCCAGUUAGCUUUUUGUGAAAAUAACGUCUGACUAUUUACGGUUUAACCUUGAUCCUUGUAUUUGAAAUCAUUUAUCAAUUGAGCAUAAAUUAUAAAUCGGUUUUUUUCUACACUAAAAAUUAUCAAAGUUGGCGAACUUAGCACUUCCUUUGUCUUGUGCCUGUUUGGAAAGAUCUUGGCUUUUCACAUUCCAGACACAGCGAAGUACCACCUUGGCUUUUUGAGGUUUAACCAGCAGUUUGGGUUUUGUGGAUAAUUCUGAUGUAUCGAUCGCCCAGUGUACCAUUUUAAACUUGAACAUUUAGCUCCUUUAUAUUUUUAUUACACAUUUACACAGCUACAGAGAGGAUUUGGGUGCAGCCCCGCGUGCCUGGGCUCGCCCAUCCUGGGGUGCCACGCUAAGGCCGGAGCCUCGCGUCCGUCUGCAGGCGCUGCGUCGCCAACCUCCCGCAAAGUUCUCGCCUCAGCACAGACUGCAAGGCCAGGCCCUGGGCUUAGCUUUGGCUUUCGAGAUGCCACUCUUGAGGGAAAAAUGCACUGUAAAAUUGGACCAGAAAAUGUGUUGCACUUCUUAUGUAAGUAUUCUGUGAUGUAUUGUAUUCAAUACAGAUACUAAGAUGCUGACUAAACUAUAUUUGAGCAGUUUUGCACUGCUGUUAACACAUUUUAUGCAUACGUUUACAGAUUUUUUCCAAUGGAAAGUGGUUUCACUACUGGUACAGUAUCAGCACCGAAGGGUUUUAUUCCAGCAAGCACUGUGGUUGAGUGACAUCACCUCAAUUUUUUAUUAUCCUUAAAAUAUUUCAUUUUUCAUAUUCUUUAUUUAUAAAGGAACAAUGCUGCUGUAAAUACAGGUAUUUUUUUGUUUUUUAUUUCAUUCCAUCACCAUGAGAUGCAGUUCCCUAUUUGUUGAAGGGGUAUAUAAGCUUUCUAAUGGUGUCUUCAGAAAUUUAUAAAAUGUAAAUACUGAUUUUGAUGGUCCUUAAGAUGUGUUUAACUGUGAGACUAUUUAACUAAUGGUGUGGAUGUGAUUCGUCAUCCAGUAUUAAGUUCUUAGUCACUGAUUUUGUGUACAAAAUAGGAAAGAGGGAAACUGCAGCUUUUCAUUACAAACUCCUUGAAUUGCCAGCUCUCUUGAGUUUUAGCAAACUCUUAAUUAUGCCUCUGAAUAGUACAUCAUGCAUUUCUCUCUGGCUUUAAUUUGCUAAAGCUGUGCACAUAUGUAAAAAAAUAGAUUAUUUUAGGGGAGAUGUAGUUCUAGAAUUAUUGCUUAUGUCAUUUCUUAAGCAGUUAUGCUCUUAAUGCUUAAAAGAAGGCUAGCAUUGUUUGCACAAAAAGUUGGUGAUCCCCCCAAAAAUAGUAAUGAAAUUACUUCUGUUCAGUAAACUUUGUAUGUCAUGUCAAUUUAUAAUAAAAGCUGAAAAAAUCCCCUUGUUUUCUAUUUAUAAAGAUGCCUUUUCUAUUUGUACCUUCGAAGAUGCCAUGUAGGCUGGUUAAAAAGAAUUUGAACGGUACAGUAGCUGUAAAAACAAAAGAAAAUCCUCCCCCCCCAAAAAAACCCUAAACAGAGUUCAGCUGUUAAAUGAACCAUUGUUUUUCAUUAAAUGUUUUAUUUGAAAUCAGCUUUUGUACAUGAAGUUCAGUAAUACAAAAUCUGCCAUGAUGGGUGUCCAGUCAUUCCAUGUGCAGAGACCUCAAGUAGCAUCUCUAUAAACUCUUGCAUGACUUAAAAUUUGGAUACGUGUUCUCCUUUGCCAGAUUGUCACAGCUCAAUUGAAGGUAUCUCCAUGAAUUUCCAGGGGUUUAGCCACAUUAUAGCAACUUUCAUUUUUUCUUGGGGUAGAACUUGAAUACCUGAGAUGGGUUUAAGUUGUGCUUUACUGUGCAGAACUGUAAUUUAUAGAAGUGCAAAUGAAACAUCACUUGUGUUGUCAGUUA